ACGUCCUGAGAAACCGAACUGGAGGAAACUUUGGCAGCGACACCAAGUGUUUAAUUUGAGUCCCGCACCGCAAACAUCUCCCGGAAGAAACUUUUUUGGACGGUCUGGCAGGGCUGCCAAGUGAACUUUAGGGUUUAACUUUAAAGGGUUGUAAAAUGUCUCCGUCCGUGACCGCGCGUGGCUCGGCCCUGUGCGUCCUCGCGCUCCUCAACUUCGCCUUCGUCUUCAUCACGGGAGUAGACUUCGUGCGUUUUAUCUCAUUUCGGGCGAUUUACCAGAACAUCACCGGAGAUAGCCCCAUCUGCCAAGACACGGUAGCCUGGACGGAGGCUCUGAGCGACGGAGCGGUGCUCGGGGCACUGGCGCUCGACGCGGGGCUGCUGGCGCUCUUCGUCGCCCAGCACAGCCUGCUGGCCUGGGCCCCGGUGAAACAGGUCUACCAGGCAGGCCUGGGGGUGCUGAGUCGGGCUGCCUACUGCUGCUCCACCGCUGUCGCGCUGCAGAUCCUGAUGAAGUUCUGGCAGCCUGUGCACAGCGCCCCCUGUCUGUGGUCUGUGCGCCACGCACCCUGGAAUGUGUGGUUUCCUGUGCUCUGCUUCGCGCUUCAUUUCCUCUGUUGGGCUAUCAUGUGUAGCAUCCUGCUCAUCUUCGACUACCCAGAGCUGCUGGGCCUCAAGCAGGUGUACUAUGACCUGCUCGGUCUCGGGGACCCCAUGUCCCACAAGUCGCCCCGUGCCCAGAGGCUCUUCUCCCACCUCCGUCACCCUGUGUGUCUGGAGCUGGGGGUGGUGCUGUGGCUCCUCCCGGCUCUCCCCCUCGACCGGCUCCUCCUGGCAGGGAGUCUGACGGCCUACCUCGCCCUGGCGCACUCCCUCGACAAGCAGGACCUGGCCUACCUCGCCGCGCAAUUCAACAAGAAGCUGCAAGUCUUCGCCUCGCCACCAGGUGGCGACACUGAGGACGGGGGCGACCGCAAGGCCGAAUGAAUGGAUGAAUACAAGGUUUUGGGCAGUUGAGGGUCGAGGUGAUUUCCACAAAAAAACGUAAAACGUUUUAUUUGCACCGUAAAUCAAGGACGAACUGUUAUACCACUGAUCCUCUCAGAUGCUGUUAAAAUUAUAGGAUGACGGCUAUGGUCAAGGAGCCAACAUUUCUCUAUUGGAAGAAGCCAUAAUUUAUGAGCAGGUGUGUUAAUAGGCUAUAGAUCUGACAACGGCCAAUUUGGAAGUUGCCAUAUGAAAUGCAAAAUACUCUUCAAGCUAAAUGUCAACGUCGAUGUUACUAGAUCUUAUAUUUUUACGAAAAAGUAUUUUUUAAAGGCCAAUAAUGGAUCACUCACAUCUAUAUAUUUUGUAUCUACACUGUAUUUUGUAAACACUUUAUCAACUCGUUACCACUUAAUGAAUAUGCAGAUGUACUAGGCCUAUCUUCUGCUUUAAUCGAUCAAUAAAAAGUUGUUUCUUUGCUUUUUUUUAAAGUCCAUUGAUGUCUUGUCGUAAUCCCAUUAAAUCAUCCUGAGCUAUCUCCAUGACACUUGUCAGUCUAAACUCAAACUAGUGAACUCCAAAGCGCUCUCCAGUGUCAACACGGUUAAGCGUCAGCUCCGUGAGUGUUUAAGCCGCUUGGCAUGCAUCCUGAACUGUAAAUCCCCAGUGAAAGACGGCUACCCCUCUAUAGGCUGACUGGGGUAAGCCUCGGACGCAGACCUCCCCCUUCUACCUGCUCUUCCUCUCCAGCCCUCCACCUCCUCCCCACCCCACACUAAUUGGUUCCCCCUGGAGGAGGAGGAGGGGCGGUGUCAGACGGCCAGUCUUGCGGGCUUUAAGCGUCUCUGCUGGGGUCCCACAAUCUGGCGUGUGCCACUAAACUCCUCCAACGGCGCUUUAAUGGCAUUAUCGGAUUACCAUUCAACAGCCACGACCGCAGAGAACCGUCUUUCUACUCAUGUGCGGUGGAUUUUAUUUAGGUUGUAAAAUAAAAGCUUUUGAACAGUC